AUGCUGGAUGUGGUUUCAAACCAAAAUCAAAAGGAAGAAUCCGUAGUCCAAACUACUCGAGAAUCUCACGAUCCAAAAUAUGAUCGGUUUUCGCCCAUCAGAAAACGAUCAUUUGUCAUGGUCGCAUCAUUAUCAUGUCUCUUGUCACCACUAAGUUCAUUGGCAUUUCUUCCUGCUGUUUCGGAAAUCGCCGAAGAAUUCAAAACUAAUGGUACCGUUAUCAACGUUUCCAAUGCCGUCUAUUUAAUCGUUCUGGCAGUUUCUCCAUGUAUCAUGGGUCCAUGUGGAGAUAUCUAUGGCCGCAAAAUCAUCUUUAUCUUGUGCUUGCUGCUUUUCUCAGCUACGACGCUCCUCACUGGGUUGGCUCAGAACUUGGCCAUGUUUUACGUAUUUCGCUCUCUAGCGGCGCUUUUUGGCACUGCUUUCUUUUCCACGGCUGGCUCCGUGGUUGGCGAUAUCUAUCCUCCUCAACAAAGAGGAUCUGCCAUGGGGUGGUUGCUUCUUGGAACUCAAGUGGGACCUGCUUUCGGGCCUUGUAUCGGAGGAAUCAUUGUAACCUAUACGUCCUGGCGGGUAAUUUUCUAUUUCUUAGCGGGUUUUGGUGGCCUCGUUCUAGCAUUGGUGGUAGUGCUCUUGAAGGAGACAAGCGUCUCCACCAAAUAUAAGGAGAUUCGUGCCGAAACUGGAAAACGUCUUAUAAUUGUUCCAUUCAACCCUUUCAGGGUCAUUUUGGCCUUGAAGCACCACAAUCUACUCCUCGCAGGCUUCAUGAGUGUAUCGCUCCACUAUAACAUGUACGUGCUACUUACACCCAUUCGGUACGUCAUGAACCCGCGUUUCAAUUUGGAGAAACCGAUCUAUGCUGGCUUGUUCUACUUGUGUCCCGGAAUGGGUUACCUUGUGGGGUCCUACUUCGGAGGUCGCUGGGCGGAUCGCUACGUGAGAAGGUAUAUCAACAAGAGAGGCCGUCGGGUGUCGGAGGAUAGACUACGGUCUGAAUUGUGGGCACAUGGACUCGUUCUUCCAGCCACAAUUUUGGUAUAUGGAUGGUGCUUGAAGGAGAAAAAAGGAGGCAUUCCUGUUCCUGCUAUCAUGAUGUUCAUCAAUGGAUUUGCGCAAACAAUUUGCUUCCCCAGCUUGAACACCUACUGUGUGGACUCUAUGCCACUGUUGAAGGGUGACGCUAUAGCCAGCAACUACAUGAUUCGAUUUUUGGCAGGAGCGGUGGGUACAGCCUCAGUUUUGAAGCAGAUCCAUUCCAUCGGAGUUGGGUGGACAUGCACAAUCUCUGCGGUGGUUCUUUUUGGAGGGUUUUUACUGUCACUUACCUUGGUGAUUUCUGGAGAGAAGAUGCGCAUGAAAUAG